AUGGCACCCAAUUCCAUCCUCUCCGUCAAUGCGGGGUCCUCCUCCGUCAAGAUCACUUUCUACACUCUUGAGCGUCCUCCAAAAGUCGUUGCAAACGCACAGAUUUCCGGAAUCACUGCUCCUCCGUCAAAACUGAAAUAUACACGGGGCUCCAAGGAGCACAAGGAGGAGCUCAGGGAUCGCCUGUCGACCCCUCAAGAUGCAUUCAAAUUCCUCUUGCAGCGCUGCUUCACUGACCCCGAGUUGUCAGAAGUCGCCAGUCCGGAGGAUCUAGCAUACAUCUGUCAUCGUGUUGUUCACGGGGGCGACUACAAUGAAUCAGUGUUAAUAACAGACGAGACUUACCACCGACUAGAAGAGCUCGAGGAUCUAGCUCCUUUACACAACUUCUCGGCCCUGGAAAUCAUUCGCACUUGCAAGCAGGAAAUGCCCAGUGUCAAGAGCAUCACGUUCUUUGACUCUGCAUUCCACCAGACGAUGCCUGAACAUGUGAAGACUUAUCCUAUCAACCAGGAGAUUGCCAAGGCGAAUGGACUUCGCAAAUACGGGUUUCAUGGAAUCAGUUAUUCCUUUAUCCUGCGGUCUGUCGCGGAAUUUCUCAACAAGCCGGUCGAGAAGACCAACAUCAUUGCGAUGCAUAUCGGAAGUGGCGCCUCGAUGUGUGCGAUCAAGAAUGGAAAAUCAGUGGACACGACAAUGGGGUUAACUCCCUUGGCUGGAUUACCGGGUGCCACACGAAGUGGUAGUAUCGAUCCAUCGCUUGUGUUUCAUUACACCAACGAAGCAGGAAAUCUGAGCCCUGCGAGCACGAAAGAGAUGCAUAUCAGCACGGCCGAGGAGAUCCUUAACAAGCAAUCCGGGUGGAAGGCAUUGACCGGAACAACUGACUUUUCCAAAAUCGCGGUUGAGAACCCUCCAUCCCACGCGCACAAGCUUGCUUUCGAUAUCGUCGUGGAUCGCAUCCUUGGGUUUAUCGGAAACUACUUCGUCAAAUUGGACGGCCAGGUGGACGCAAUUGUCUUUGCUGGCGGAAUCGGCGAGAAGAGCGCUCUGCUGCGCAAAGCACUUGUUGAGAAGGCCCGGUGUCUAGGAUUGGCCAUUGAUGCUGCAGCAAAUGAGAAGGGGCCAGCCGAGGACCAAACGGUCCUGGACAUCUCGAAGGAGGGCGGGAACGGACCCCGUGUGCUCGUCUGUCAGACAGAUGAGCAGUUCGAGAUGGCAUAUAAUUGCAUUUUGACUUACGGUUAA